AUGGGAAUCUCAAUGUUUGGGACUCCCGAGCCCAUUGAUGAAUCAUACAGGCCAUCUACCUCCAUUGCUUCAAUAUCAGCCAGCGCACCGAUAGAGGAGAUACUUAGGAUAAUCGAACGGGACGGUGGCGUGAUUCUGACUGAAUUUGCAACGGCCGAAGACCUUGCCGCCAUCGAUCGCGACGUCGAAGCCCAUCGAGCACAGACUCGGUCGACAGAGAAGAGCGCACUGCACAUUAUCCCCAAGGAAACGCUAGCCGUCCCGGGACUCGUUGGCAAGUCCCCGACCGUCGCCAAAAUAUGCGAAUCCCCCGUGCUGGAGGAGUUGCGGACUUCCAUCCUGCAGGAGAAGUUCAAGGUAAUCCGCGAGGACAUUAUAGAAGAGAACAUUAUCGACCCGCUGUUGAGCAUCAGCAUCACACUUUACAUCGGCCACGGUGCGACCCGACAAAGGCUGCACAGAGACGACAACGUGCACGGAAUCCGACACGGAGGGACAUUCGACCUCAAAAAGGCCAGCCAGUUUGGAUGUCUGAUCGCUGGAUCCAGGACGACUCGCCAAAACGGUGCCACCAUGUUUGUCCCGGGGUCUCACAAAUGGGACGACACUCGACGCCCACGGACGGAUGAAGUCUGCUUUGCCGAAAUGGAACCGGGCUCCGCGCUGAUAUUCCUCGCUUCCUGCUACCACGGGGGCGGCCAUAAUUCUGUGCCCAACGAAGUGCGCAAGAUCCACGGUCUGUUUUUCAUCAGGGGAAACUUGCGGACGGAAGAGAACCAAUUUCUGGCAGUGCCGAGGAGCAAAGUGCUCGCCAUGAGUGACAAGAUGCUCUCGCUUCUCGGGUACAAGAAGCCGACGACAGUUCUCGGAGUCGUCGACAACGAGGAUCCAGCGCUGGACUUGCAAGCUGUUUUUGAGAGAGUGAGCCAGUAA